UUUUUUUUUUCCAAUUCUGAUGGCUGUAGUAGUUCCCAAUUAUAGCAUGCCAUUUAUUAUAAGCGAGGUUUUGCUAAGAAAUCGACGUACAUCGGGAAACAUACGCUAAAUUGUAACAAAAUGACUCUUUGAUAGUUGUAGUAGUUCCCAAUUACAGUGUGUCACUUCUCACAGAUGAUAAUUUGUUGGAAAGUCAAAUCAUAUAGAAACAGAAGUGAAUUAGUCACUUACUACAAGUGCGAUUUAGCUAAAAAAUUAAGUACAUGGACACAGAAGUGAAUUAUUUAAAAUAGUCUGAACUGACAUUUCACUGACAUUUUCUCAUUCUGUUGACUGUAGUCUCUCAUUAAGGUACGUACAAAGAAACAGGAGUGAUUUAUUUCAGAAAAAGUUAUUCAUUAAAAGUCAACUAGCUUUUUCUCAUUCUGAUGACUGUAGACUCUUAGCUCUUAGAAUGUCUCACUUGCUACAGGUGAGAUUGUGUUGAAUGUGAAAAGUCAAAUGAUAUGGCUCCAGGAAUUAAUUAUUUAAUUGUAAACAAAACCAUAAAGAAUGACAUGACAUAAAGUGUGGGAGAAACCGUUGUCAUUUUGUAUGGGGGGAUUGAAAAAUCGACAACAUAACGCCCAUGAUGGUUAAAUAACUGCUUGAGAGACCCCGCAUUCGAUACUGUUAAUUAAAAUGCCCAUGUAUGUCGUCUUUCUAUAGACUUUAGACCCAUUAUAUCUGUAAAAUAUGUAUUGUUUAAACACAAGCCAAUCUGUGCUGUGACCCUGUAAUUGGGAACAACUACAACCUUCAGGGUGAGAGAACUACAGUAUUCACUAAGUCACUUACGGUAGUUUUGUUUUUUUGUGAAUAUUUUCUAGACAUAAUUCACUCCCGUAUAAUUUGACUUAUCAAGAAGGGGAGGGGGCAUUUUAUGUAUUUAGAUAGAAUUUCUUCUAAGAAUGCCUUAUGAGAAGUCACUUACUCCGUUUUGGAAGUACUACAGAUUUUAAGAGCCGUAAAGGAGAUUUUAUUUCAUAUUUUUCCAAUUCCAACUGGGAUGUCAAAAAGCAAACGUCAAUGAAAUGUAUAAUUUUCAGACGGUCCCUAACACAAAACGAAGCGACUGAAUGUUGUGAAACUGUUUAGAUAAAAAUCGAUAGCGUCAAAAAUAUUGUUAUUUUCUUUUGAAAAUAUGAUAUUAUAGUGGACUGUUCAUGUAAUUAAGAUGGAGUGCUUUGUCGUGUCCAAAUGUACGGAACGUUUAAAAUCGAAUAUCAAACGUCGAACUAUCUUUACCGCUGUACGAAACCGAAAGACAAAACGGUAGCAUUAGCUGUGUUGAUAAACGGUACGUGUCGUUUAGGGACCUUGUGGAAGUUGCUAGCUAGUUAGCUGGCCAUAUUAAGUAGUAAGAUAUCCUGUUACACUUAACGUUUUGUUAUCCUUGGCAUGUUGAAAUACUGACAGGGAGACUUUGUCUGAUUUUCAAAACCUAACAUUGAUUAGUUGACACACAAUGAACGUUUAGUUGCACCGAGAUUGUUGCACCGAGACACUUUCGCCAUUUUGAAAUCGAAAGUGCGAACGGAGGUGGCGAUUUUUCAGGACAGAACGCAUCCAGCAGAAUCUACAUGACAGUGACAUGAGUGGAACAACUCAGAGAAAGAAACGGGUUGGUGAUGCUUGCUCAAGACGCGGGUCCAAGAGAAGUAGACGUAACACAGACAGCAUGACCUCGGAGGAACCUCCAGAGACCAUUGAUGUUGAGAAUGACCGACUUCGUGGUGAAGAGGUAGUGGACCUAACAAGCGAAACCACAGAAGCAUCUGUGGUUGACCUCACAAACACUGACUGCGUUGUGCUGUUGGAUGAAGGUUCACAGAGCCAGCAGAGCAGAGCCACUGAAGGCUAUGUUCUGAUCAGUGAUGAAGAAGAGACCCCCGGCAUCACUCCAGCUGCCAACUCUAGAUUCAGGUCGACAACAGGUGAAGUGAGUUGUCUGGUAUGCUUCAACACAUAUAAUGAGAUUGUGCAGAGUGGCAGAGGAAUGGUGUCCACCCUGUGUGGUCACAUGUUCUGUAAGCAAUGCCUGCGUGAAUCCCUUGACCGGACGCACGCCUGCCCCAGGUGCCAAACUAAACUGACUCGUCGACAGUACCAUCCCAUCUAUUUCUGACUUUGGUAGAAGGAUGAUGUGCAUUUAUCUGUAAAUAUGUUUUACCCCAUACCUACCACAACACACACACACACACACACACACACACACACACACACACACACAUGCACAAAACCAGCGAGCAAUACCUUUGGAGGAAAGGAACUCACUAUAGUUGGUCAUCUUGACUUUUUUUAGUGGGCGAGUUUGAAAACACAGUCAGUGUGCGUUUGCUUGUACAAUUACUUUUCAGUGUGUGUUCGUAAUUGUUCUGUAUUUCAUUUCUGUUUAUUUAUAUUUGCUGAUUUCUAUAAAAAAUUGAAUUGUAUUACUG